GGAGGUUAUCUAGCUAACUAUUGAUAGGUUAUAACCAGGCGAACUCACUUGGAAGCUUCUCGUUCACCAUCGCCUGCUGUCGUUAGCGCUGCUCAGCACCUCGACGAUGAUUUUAGUAGACUGAGAACGUCCCAGCAGCGAGAAAUAAGAAGAGUUUUUGAGAAAUGCCAACGUAAAAAUACCAAAAAUCAUCCUACGACAUCUGAUAAUACUUCCGCUGGCGGUUUCCUACCAGAAGAGGACACAGGAGGUGGUUUCCUACCUGAUGAGGACACUCAAGGUGGCUUUCUACCUGAGGAAGACACAUCUGGUGGAUUUGUACCAGAAGAAGGCGAGACCAUCAACGAGGAUGACUCUAACGACAAUGAAAUGCCUUUAUCACGAUCACGCUACGCUCUACGCCAACUAAAUUUAGAUGAUAAUGACGAACAAGUGUUGGAAAUCCUCACUCAGGCUGCUCAAGGUUGGGGAACUAAUAAGGAUAGUACAACAAUACAAUGGCCCGAUUUCGCUUCCGUAAUUGCGGUGCUCAUAAGCCAGCGUGACGCUGACAACAGUGACGACGAAAAUAACGACGACGACGAUGUCUACCGCGCUAACGAGAGUGACGAUAACGACGAUGAUAUCAGUGAAGGUGCUGUAGACGAAUCAGAUAAUGAGGAAGAGCAAACUCCCAGAGUGACGAAGAAACAACUGGAAAAUAGCCUCGCAACUUUCAAGCUUUUCUUUGAAAACCCAAGAGAAGUUAAUGAGAUGUCAUUGCUGGAUAUAAGCAAUCUUCGUCGGGUGAUUAAAUCAUUAGGUGAGAAGAUUAGCGAUAAACAAUCACAAAUAAUGUUGGAGACGAUUUCUGAAAAUAAAUCAUUCAUCACGUACCAAGACUUCACUCAGAUGCUACUCACGACGAGGUUGAUAUAGAUUUUCAUUAUAAAGGAAAAAACCAUCUAUAGGGAAACAAAAUUUUUAUGCAGAUUUGAACAGGACUUCACUUUUACCUAAUGGCAAUGAGUUGUAUGGCUCGUCAAAGAGCGUAGCUGACGGAAGUGAAUCUGAUGGUCUGUAAUGCAAGUAAAGUUGUUGAAGGGCGUUAUUAGCAGCGCGAUAUUUUGCCAUUUUGAGUGAAGAUCCAAAGCCUUCACCUAAUUUGAGAUUAUCAUCAGCGAAGACGCCGACUAUGUAGACCGGCGACUGGGUAUACCGACCAGUCUCUUUUAAUAACUUAACAUCAACAUUGUUGUAUCCAAACUUCUUAGCUGUGUGACUUAAAACAGUGACUGGGUUGUCAAAUUUAAGUAAAGCGCGUAAAUCAAUUGAACGUGAAAGGAAGAACGAUUGAGUGAAAUAGUAAGCGCUCUUAAUACCCUUAUGUUUGAGAAUUAAACCAACUAUACUCUUUGAAAGGCUUGACAUUGCGUCUUCGUGGAGGUAUGUCUGGCUAUCAUCCUGACGGCUCCAACGGAGGGUUGAUUGUGCACCCCACUCUCUGCUCAAUCCAGCGCACGUUUUAGGACCUACGAGCAUACUGACUGCUGCUUUUAAUGGUUUGAGUGGUAAAUGUGGGUAGGAGACGUGAACAUGCUCAGUUGCAAGCAUACCAAGGAAAGUGUUACCAAUUUGUUCAUAUUGCUCAUUGUUUUUGUUUUUAUCGCACGAUUUGUGUGUGCAUGCAAUUUCUAACUCUUCUAUUGGAAUAUCUGACAAGCCGAGUCUAUUAGCUAAAGCGACCAAUCUCGACUUCUGUAUUGGAACUGAAGUUGACCACUCUUUGGCGUUGAAAAUAGGCAAAUUGACGUCCUCGCUCGCUGUUUUGCUGCUCUGCUUACCACGAGCCUCUACCGGUGGUGUUUUGAGUGCUUGGCUAGACGACGUACUCGUAGCUGUAGAAAGUCUACGCAGAGAUAUAUUUUUUAUCGCUUGCCUCGUCC